AUGGCCGCCGACAAGCCCAACUGCAAGGUAAUCCUCGCGAACAACAUCGCGAAAAGCCUUCUUGGAGAAAUCCAGGACGGUCUCAAGGCGCUCGAUCGUAAGCCACUCCUUGUGGGCUUCCUUUCAAGCAGCGAUCCUGCCGCGCGAGUGUAUGCAGAAUGGACGGGCAAGACUUGCAACGAGAAUGGCUUUGACUACGAACUGCGCGAAGUCGACCGCGAGGAGCUGGAAGACGCUCUGAUCGACGCCAACAACGACGCCAGAGUCGACGGUAUCAUGGUCUACUACCCAAUCUUCGGCAACAGGCAAGACCAGUACCUGCAGCAGAUCGUCUCCACCGAUAAAGAUGUCGAGGGUCUGUCUCACCAGUACAUUUUCAACAUGUACCAGAACAUCCGCUUCCUCGAUCCCGCCGGUACCAAAAAAAGCAUCCUGCCAUGCACGCCACUUGCCGUUAUCAAAAUCCUCGAGUAUCUUAGGAUCUACAACACCAUACUUGCCUACGGUAACAGGCUGCAUGGGCGUACAAUCACUGUUAUCAACCGAAGUGAAGUUGUGGGCCGGCCACUGGCAGCUCUGCUGGCCAACGAUGGCGCGACUGUGUACAGCGUGGACAUUGCCGACGUGCAAGAGUUUACUCGAGGUGAAGGCAUCAGGAAGAAGAAGCACGAUGUUGUGGAGAAGCCUGGAUGGGAGCUCAAGGACUGCCUUUCCAAAAGUGAUGUUGUCAUCAGUGGUGUGCCGGGGGAGAAGUACAAGGUACCUGCACACCUGCUGAAGGAUGGCGCUGUGUGCAUCAACUUCUCGAGCGAACGCAACUUCAACCCUGAUGUGAAGGAGAAGGCGUCAAUCUACGUUCCAGCUAUUGGCAAGGUUACUAUUGCGGUCUUGCUACGAAACCUGCUCCGUCUUGCCCAGAACAAGGUUGACGCUGCCACCGCGACUCAGUCUGCAACUCAGUCCAUUGAAGACGAGAAGAAGCCUGCAGCUGAGAGUGCCGUUCCGGUGCUGGCUUCCUAGGACUCCAUUCAUUGACAUAUAGAUAUACAUUGCGUUUCUGAUACCCUGAAGUCGACCGGACAGUCAACCAACAUCAACUUGUCAUCACUAUAUGAUAAGAUUCUAUUCAAAAGAAUGCAAACUUGCAUAAAACUUCUCGAAACUAUAGGUAUAGUGAGCUGUUCAUAUUGAUACAACAAAACAGUAAUUUGCGUGACGCCUCCAUCCUUCGUGAUGCUCAUACAAACGAUGCUACGCUGAAAUCACCUUCACUGUGUCGUUUCAACAGCCAUGCGUAGGUGGGAGAUGUUUGAAAUAGAAAGUAGCAUGUGGG